UACGUUGUGAGGGCGACACUGUAACGGGGUAAUCGUUUGAGCCGACUCACAAGUCAUCUCGUUACAAUGUCAGACGACACGGCCUGCUUUGAAGUGCAGAGUGGAAGCGGGAUACAUAGUGGCGUGGGCGAGUGGAGUGCAGCAGGGAGGAAAACGCUGUGAGACUUGCUGAGAGGAAGGGAGGAAAACGCUGUGAGACUUGCUGAGAGGAAGGGAGGAAAACGCUCAGAAGUUGCGGACGAGAUGAUUGGGGCAAGGGGAGAAGGGGGGGGGGGGGGGGGGGGGGGGGGGGGGGGGGGGGGGGGGGGGGGGGGGGGGGGGGGGGGGGGGGGGGGGGGGGAAGGGGGAAGGGGGGGGGGGAUUUGAACGGACAUUGUUCUCACUCUCACGCCCUUCCCCUCCGCACUUAUGCCUUCUCACUCUCAUACCCUUUCCCUCCCCCCAAUGCCCCUCUCCCUCACAACGUCCUGCCGGUUGAUCAUCUGUUUUCCCCAUCGCUCGCUUAUGAUCUGCCACAUAGCCACUCUGCCCUCCUCCCUCCGCCUCUACCUCCCUUGUCUUGCACCCCCCUCCCCCCCUUCGCCUCUUCCCUCCCCUAACUUGCCACUUCCAUCUCACCAUGCGCCUCCCCAUCCCCUCGCUCUCUUUCCCUCUUGCCUUUUCGCCAUCCCUCUCAAGUCCCUUCCCCCCUAAUCCCUUCUUCACGUCCCCAAGUCGUCCCCCCUUCCCCCUCCGCCACUGCCUUGCGCCUUUUGCCUCCCUCCACCCUUCCUCGCGCCCUUCCGGUUCCCUACCCCUUCCCCUCCAUUUCC